AUGGCACGAAGUUUGACAUUCCGGCUCCGCACUAUGGACAAGGAAGAUUGGACCCUGCUGUUGAUUUCCCUUGGUUGGUGUGGCAUCUUUGUAGGUGCUUACGCAUUUAACGCUUGGCGUUUGGCAACACGAGGCACCCGUCACCCAUACCUGGCGGACGCAAUGGCCCUCAUAGAGUCAAACAAAAGCGUCAUGGAGUCACUUGGCGCGCCACUGGAGAUGAAGGCCGUGGAGGAACAUAGCGAGUCAUUUGCUCCAUGGAAGAGGCUGGUGUUGCAACUGACAGGACCAAACGGGACCACAAAGGCUUUUGUCUGUGCGCGUCGUGUGGGAUACAGCGAGGAGGAUCUUAUAGAGCAAAUCAGCGAGGAAGAGGAAGGGCCUAUAUGGAGUCGACCCUACCUUUUAAAGCAGUGGCUCCUCCAGGGCAUCAGCGACUUGUGGAAUGUCUCUCGGCAACUUUUUUCCGGGAGGAAAAGCUGUAGCGAUGGCUCCAGUGGAGUUGGAAAGUGGGAAAUAAUAUCUCUGUUUGUGCUUACCCCCGAAAGUCUAGCUCCCGGGGCGGCUGAAGACCAAGGUGCACCUUCCGUGAUCUUGUUGAAGGGCCGAUCUACAGAUAAUCCUGACUGGUCUGGCAUGCAGCACCACCGCCACCUGCAGCAACUCGCCGCUCGCCAGUUACAAGAUGCCAUCGUGAAAAGAAGCCCUUCAAGAAGUGUCCCGAAUGACGGCAAACACAGCACGGCGGUACCAGUCCGCCUGCGGUAUUUCACUGGGCAACUCUCUCAAGAAGCAAUUGACGGGGUGGCCCAUCUUGAAAUCUAUUCUGGAGACGAUGCAGGGGAUGAUCCAGACUUCACCGACAAGCUUCAAUGCGAGUUGCGUUUGCAGGCCUCACGCCCCUCAGCUUCAGUCCCCUACGUUGCAUUCCAGAGCACUUUGUCCCUGAUCCAGGAGCCUCGUGACCACACAGAUCCGCCGUUCCCCGUCGUGCAUACCUACGCCUUGGACCCCAGGGCGCUUACCAGAGCUCCGGAGCCAUAG